AUGGGUGUGAUGGCCUUGGGUCUAUUCAUCACGAUUCUCCUCCUUUUCCAUCAAAUUUCUUCGUCCAUUCAACAAAGCGAGCAAUUGGAUCAAUUCACGAAUCAAACCCAACAAGAACUCGUCGAGGCCCGGGGAAAAAUCAGCGGACUCGAGAGGGAAAUCGCAAGAAAGCGAAACGAAACGAAGGAAAAAGACGUCGAGAUGAGUCGAUUGACAGCAAAAAUGGCUCAAAUCGAGGCGAACUUAAUGGGGAAAAACGCAAAGUUGGACUCUGGUUUGGUUGAUGGAAGGGAGAGCAAUCGAGAUUUGGAAAGGAAAGUCGCCGAGCUGAAAAGGAAGAACGACGAUCUCGAAGCACAAUUAAAAUUUGAAAGGGAAAACAAAACGGCCGAAAUGGUGAAGUUGCAGGCAGAUUUAAAUCGAACCAUAAAUCUCUUGGAUCUGUAUCGGGAUCGAUGGUCGUAUUUGGCAAAAACUGCUUCUUGGUACAAGGCCUUCAAGAAAGAAAUGACAUUUGAUGAAGCCGAGGCAUAUUGUGUGAGUCGAAAGAGCCAUUUAGUCUCAAUUCACAGUCAGGAAGAGCACGAUUUUGUUUUGAGACUCGAAAAUGUUGAUCUGGAUGAUGGAUGGUCGUUCUGGAUCGGACUGAAGAGAAAUCCGAACAAAGGAAAUGCUUUGGAAUGGACGGAUGGAAGUUCGGUGGAUUUCACGAAUUGGGAUGAAAGAUCGGGACACCCGGGUUCGGACACCCACGCUUUUCUUGGGAGCCACGAUGGGAAAUGGGGGACUCUCUGUCUACUGGCCUUUUCCCAUCUCGUUGAGGGAUUACGUGGCGGUGACGGAAUCAGUGUGCCGCGAGGUAGGGUGAAUCGUCCGGCCAAAGUUCCAAGACUCGAAAGAGAGCCCAGUCAGCCAAAACCCUUCCAAUUGCCCAUUCCGGAUAAGGGAAUUUAUCAUCGGCAUGAGUACAAGACGCCGAUCAACGUCCAACCAAGACGGCACAGCAACGGCACAGCGAUCCUGGAUAUCGACAGAAUCACGAUCAAUAUGUAUCAAAAUACACUGGCAAAGAAGGAUACAACUCGAUACAAGAAGGACCCGGUAGUCCAUGACGGAAUGGGUGUGAUGGCCGUCCAUCUAUUCAUCACGAUUCUCCUCCUUUUCCAUCAAAUUUCAUCGUCCAUUCAACAAAGCGAGCAAUUGGAUCAAUUCACAUCUCCGAAUGAUCGAGAUGAGAUUCUGUCUCGUGAUCGUCGUACUUUGAAAAGAACUCAGAAUACGGAAGCAAGAGACGGAAAAGCCAAGAUUGGAGAGCUCGAAAGGAAAAUCAACGCGUCGCAGACCGAAAACUCUGACUUCGAAACCCAAAUAGAUCGAACGAUGACUUUUUUGGAUCUGUAUCGGGAUGGAUGGUCGUAUUUGGCAAAAACCGCUUCGUGGUACAAGGUGAUAGAACAAGGAAUGUCAUUCGAUAAAGCCGAGGCACACUGUGCGAGUCGAAGGAGCCAUCUAGUCUCCAUUCACAGUCAGGAAGAGCACGAUUUUGUUUGGACUCUCGCGGGAACUGUUGAUUCGAGUCGGUCGUACCAGAUCGGAAUGAAGAGAGAUCCGAACGAAGGAAAUACUUUUGAAUGGACGGAUGGAAGUUCGGUGGAUUUCACGAAUUGGGCGGUUGGAGAGCCGGAUUCGAACACCCACGCUUAUCUUGGGAGCGGCGAUGGGAAAUGGGUGGCCUAUUUUCCUAUCAAUCAGUAUCGUUUUAUCUGCAAAAGAAACUUUCAGUUC